AUGUCAAAUGAAGUUAUUCAAGAAAAAGGACGCGUCAGGUCCUUAGCCGAAACUGACGUAAAGAAAAAACUUGUCAAUGACAAGUGGCGACGAAUCUGUUCUAUUGAUAAGUGUGAGAAACAAGCUCAACGAAAAGGUCUAUGUGCUCGACAUCUUACAGAAGAUAAAAAGAGACAACAGUCAACAGAAACGGCUGCAGUUUCUCAUCAAUCGUUCUCAUAUUUACCGACACAAGACUCUAGUAUCAUUUCUGACAAUUCAACGAACGUAGUAUCUACUACAGAACGUGACACAGUGCAGAACACUUUUCAUGAAUACGAAAAUACUCAAACGACGACAAUACAAGCACUUUCAGCUAGACAAAAUAUUGCGAUACCUUCCGUUUCUAAGCCAUCAGCAUCUUCAUACGACAGCAUCGUAUCUACUGAUCAAGUGGAUACUAGUAGAUCUUCCAUAACUAUCACACCAUCAGGUAAAUAA